UACUGUACAAACUCAAUGUGCGAGAAUUUAAAACAAGAACUGGAAUUCCUGGGGCACGUGAUCUCAACGGACCUGAAAAAACGUCAGGCUACUCAGGAGUGGAAGUCGCCGACCAACAUGCAACCGCUGCAAUCUUUUCUGGAUUUUUUUUUAUACAUGCGAUGGUUUAUACGCAACAUGGCGGGGUUCACUGGACCUCUAACCAACCUACUGCAAAAGGGGACUUUUUACGAGUGGGAAGAGAAGCAGCAAGCUGCGUUCGAGGCAUUAAGAACUCUUUUAGUGUCACCACCAGUUCUUUGCAUCGCUAACCCACAACAUCUCUUCAAAGUUGUGACAGACGCAGGUCACAUCACCAUCGGAGCAGUGCUCAUGCAAGAUUUUGGCAAUGGUCUUCAACCAAUCGCGUACGAGUCUAAAAAAAUGCAACUUACUGAGAGCAACUAUCCGGUACACGACAAGGAGAUGCUAGCGAUUGUCCACGCGUUCAAAAUCUGGAGGUGCUACCUAACUGGAGCAGACGUGAUAACACUCGCAAGAUUCAAGAAGAACGUGAAACAAACCAACACCGGAUUCCUGGCGAUAGCAACAGAGGUGGGGAAUGACGGAGAGAAAGCCUCGGAACCUCCAAAAAAAAUCAAGGAAUUGCUGAAGGAGUUCCAAGACAUUCUUCCCGACGACCUCCCGGAUGAGCUACCGCCAUAUCGAACGCACCAACACGAGAUCGUGGAGGAACCAGGUUCGAAAUCGACCUUUCGAGCACCAUAUCGGCUAAGCCCCACAAAACUAGCUGACAUGAAGAAACUGAUUGAGUAUCUCCUCGCCAAAGAACUCAUCCGGCCAUCCACUUCGCCAUACGGUGCCCCAGUACUCUUCACACCGAAACCGGACGGAAGCCUGCGCAUGUGCAUCGACUACCGAGCUCUUAACAAGCAGACCAUAAAAAACAAGUACCCGAUUCCACGAAUCGAUUAUCUGCUCGACCAGCUUCGGGGAGCCACUGUAUUUUCAAAACUAGAUCUGCGGUCCGGAGACUGCCAGAUACGAAUGGCGGACGAGUCUGUUCACAAAAUUGCUUUCCGAACUCGGUACGGAUCGUACGAGUAUCUGGUGAUGCCGUUCGGCCUCACCAACGCACCUGCAACGUUCCAAGCAAAAAUGAAUCAUAUCCUACAGCCUCUCUCAGACGAAUGCGUGGUGGUGUACCUGGACGACAUCCUCGUCUACUCCGACUUCGCUAACUACUACAACAGAUUCGUGCCACAAUACGCAAAGAUCGCCGCGCCACUAACGAAUCUGCUAAAGAAGAACACGCCCUAUAAAUGGGAGCCACAACACCAGGAAGCCGUGGAGCAGCUGAAACAAGCACUCACGUCCGCACUCGUACUCAUCUUGCCAGACCCCGAACGCGACUAUGUCAUCGAAGCUGACGCCAGCGACCAGGCAGUGGGAGCAGUCUUGAUGCAAGACCAGGGGAAUGGACUGCAACCAAUCGCCUACCUUAGCAAAAAAUUACAUGGAGCAGAACUCAACUACCCAAUACACGACAAGGAGCCCUUGCUAUCAUCAUCGCCUUCAAAACGUGGAGAUGCUAUCUCGAAGGACGCAAGACGACAGUCUACACCGACCAUUGCAGCCUAAAAUAUUUGAAGAUGCAACCA